AUGGCAACCAACGGAAUUGCCUUUGGGCUGCUUUUGCUGCUAUGCGGCGUCGUCCAUCACGUCCAGCUGGCACAGGCCGUCGAUGCCUGCACCGUAUGCGAUUGCACGGGAACUACUGUCGAUUGCGCUGGUUACGCUCUCCCGACCAUUCCAACCGGAAUCCCAGUCACCACAACCAUCCUGGAUCUGCGAGGCAACGAGAUCAGUAGCAUCUCUGCAUCUUCAUUCACGGGCCUGACUGCGCUGACUACAUUAUAUUUGCAUACCAAUCAGCUCGCCAGCAUUCCCGCAAACUCAUUCACCGGCCUGACUGCGCUGCAAUUCAUAUCUCUCUCCACCAACCCGCUGACCAGUAUUGCCGCAAACGCCUUCUCAGGGCUGAGCGCGCUGACACAAAUGAAUUUGGACAGCAACCAGAUCACCAGCAUUUCCGCAAACACAUUCACAGGCCUGACUGCGCUGACUACCCUAUAUUUGUCUUACAACCAGAUCACCAGCAUUGCGGCCAACGCAUUCGCAGGCCUGCCUGCGCUGACUACCCUAUAUUUGGCUUACAACCAGAUCACCAGCAUUGCGGCCAACGCAUUCGCAGGCCUCACGGCUCUCACCCUCUUGGCUUUGAAUGACAAUCCUGUCGCCACUUUGCCGCCUGGUCUGUUCAAGGGAUUGCAAAAUGGCCUGUAUUUGUCCGAUAUGAACCAAUACCUGGGUCCCAACAACUUUACCUUUGGUAGCAAUACUGUCGCUCCGCCUAGCACCUACGGCAGUGCAGACACUCCAUACAUGUGCGAUACAACUUGCGCCACCUGCUAUGCAUCUGGGUCUGCUGCGUGUUGCGGAAUCAAUUGUCUGGCCUGCAGUUCAUCCGCUGUGUGCACUCAGUGCUAUGAGGGUUACGGCUUGACGGGUGGAUCAUGUGCUCCGCUUGCUUGUGGCACUGGCGGUGUGUGCACUUGCACGGGAACUGCUGUCGAUUGCGCUGGCCGAUCUCUCACGACCAUUCCAAGCGGAAUCCCAGUCGACACAACAGAGCUGUACCUGCAGAGCAACCAGAUUACCAGCAUUUCCGCCUCUGCUUUCCCAGGCCUGACUGCGCUGACCUACGUGGCUCUGGAGAACAACCAGAUCACCGUCAUUUCCGCAAACGCUUUCUCAGGCUUGAGUGCACUGAACAACUUGGCUCUGGACGGCAACCAGAUCACCAGCAUUUCGGCGGACACAUUCUCCGGCCUGCCUGCGCUGCGUGCCUUGGUUAUCAACAACAACCAGAUCGCUAGCAUUCCGGCAGAUGUGUUCACCAGCCUGACGACGGUCGUUUCCUUGGUUUUGGGCUACAACGAGAUCACCAGCAUUCCAGAGUCUGCAUUCGCAGGCCUGAGUGGGCUGGAGAACCUGGCAUUGAAUAAUAACCAGAUCACAAGCAUUCCCGCAAGCACAUUCGCAGGCCUGACGGCGCUGACGAUGCUGGCGUUGAAUGACAACCCCCUCACGACUCUGCCGCCCGGUCUGUUUCAGGGCCUGCAAAAUGGCUUGCAGUUGUCGGUUUCGUUCCCGUAUCUGGCCCCCAACAACUUUAACUUUGAUGGACACACUGUCGCUCCGCCCAGCACAUACGGCAGCGCGUCCCAGCCGUACCCCUGUGCAACAUGCUAUGACGCUGGGUCCAGUGCGUGUUGCGAAACCAAUUGCCUGUCCUGCACUUCAUCGUCCGUGUGCACUCAGUGCUAUGAAGGAUAUGGCGUCCUGGGUGGAUCCUGCGCUCCGCUCUCUGUCGUCGCCUCCGUCGCCUCCGUCGCCUCCGUCGCUUCAGUCGCCUCCACGCAAUCCGCCUCGGUUGCGUCUCUUGUUUCCGCUACCUCGGCUGCCUCGGCAUCAUUUGCUUCUCUCGUUACUGCGUCAUCUGCGUCCAUUGCGUCCGCAUCAGUCGCUAGUGCCUCGUCUGUGUGGCAGACAUCGGCUGCAUCUGCCGCAUCGGCGUCCGUUGCAUCUGCUGCAGCUGCAUCUUCGGGUGGUGCAUCUACUGGCGCUAUUAUUGGCGGAGUGAUUGGUGGUGUGUUCGGUCUCCUUUUGUUGGUUGCGCUGGUUGUGGCAAUUCGGCGUCGUCGUCGCUCUCCAAAGGCGUUGGCAACCACCAUCUCAGCCAACAAAGUGCGCGAAUCAGCCUCCAGCUCGGAGCCAACCUAUCAGUCGAUUGAUCACAGCGGCAAUGUGCUGAACGCGGCCAAUCCAACCUACGAAGCUUUGUCUGCGACUGGUGACCACGCCUUGUACGAAGAUGUUGGCGCCAAGCCCAAGGCUCAUGUGGUCUCGUCUGAACUGGUGUAUGCCAACGCAUCCGAGUCUGCAUACGGUGCAACGCAAGCAUCGGGCAGCGAUGUCCAGUACGCCGAUCCCUCGCUGCCCAAUCCCUCGUCUGUUCGUGCGCCGCCCGCGUCCUCAACCACCACUUACGCGACGAUCGAUGUUGCAGCUUCCGCGCAGACCGGAAAUGCCGAUUCCGUGUAG